CCGCCCUGCCCCCCGCCCGGCUCCUCCAACUGCGCGCUUGGCGCCCUACGCGACCACCAGCCCGCGCCCUACUCGGCAGUGCCCUACAAGUUCUUCCCGGAGCCGUCGGGCCUGCACGAGAAGCGUAAGCAGCGGCGCAUACGGACCACGUUCACGAGCGCGCAGCUCAAGGAGCUGGAGCGUGUCUUCGCGGAAACCCACUACCCGGACAUUUACACGCGGGAGGAACUGGCGCUCAAGAUUGACCUCACCGAGGCUCGCGUGCAGGUGCGUGUUUAA